CAACCAACAUAUUCUUGUCAGGCUUGUUUUCAACCCAGAAAAUGAUUUUGGAGCAGUAUGUAUGAGCUAUCUUACACAAACAGGCAGGAGAAAAGGAAUGUCUGCUGCAUCUCCAUCAGCAUUUCCAGUGGCCGUGUGUCCCAGCCGCCUCCAGGUGUGAGAUGAACCAUGGAAAGGUGCAGGGGUCCGCUCACUAGCCCAGCUCGCGUCCGCCCAACCGACCGCAGCCCGGGGGUGUCCUGCAGCAUGCAGCGGUGCUCUCACUAGCACCCAGUGGACCUGGUCCUGUCCUCCUUACCUGGGGCCAGGGCUGCAGAAUGCUCAGUUCUGUCACCCCUUACAGUCUAUUGAAGAUGCACUGGUCUCCGGAGCACACCGCCCCUAUAACUCAGUGGCCUGAGCAGCACCUAGACGUCACCUCCACCACUUCACCCCCGUCUGCCCACAAACAUGAGCCCUACGCCUCUGCCGCUCGCCGGAAUUACGCUCACACAGGUUACCCGUGGGCCAGUGAUGACAUAUCAGCCCUUACUGCUUCUUCGCUUCUCAAGCGCUACGCGGAGAAGUACUCGGGACUGGAGCUCCCCUACGAGCGUCCUGCUCCAGGGGCCUACCCAGAGCCUGGUGCUUUUCUGAAAACUGAAUCGGAACCCUGGGCUCUUAGCCAGGGCAUCGAGUGCUACCCCGGACUUGAAGCGCUAACUGGCACCAAGGUGGGCUCAGGAUCUGUGGGCAUCCCGACCACAGGAAGUGUGACUGUCGUGAGCAGUAACUUGGCCACCGACCCAAGUUACAGUGCUGCUGGCUCCUGCAGUGCCCCGUCAUCCCAGGACUAUCCUCCUGCCUACAACAGCACCUACCUGUCCUCAGGAUACUGCCCUCAGCCAGGCACAGCACUUCCCCAUGCCCCUCUUCACUCUUUGCAGGCCGGACCCACUCUCGUGCCCAGCUACAGCGCCAGCACUCCAGUCUACAACUACCCGCCAGGAUGCUACCCCCAAAACAGCCUCUCUUCCAGUUAUAGCCACCCCAGUGCUUCCUACUUACCCCCAGGGAUUAGUGCCCCUACUCCUCUGGCCCCCAGGCCCACUAUGGUGGGGGGUAGUUACAGCUACCCGUCGCACAGCCUCGGGGGGGGCGCCGAGUCUGGAGCACCGCUGAAACGCAAGGCCUUUGAGAUGGGAGAAGACGGACAAGAGGGAGGUGAGGUAGAGGGAUCACGCUACAGAAAAUACGGGAACGGCCUCAGCAAAGGCAACGGGCACGGCAACGGCUACGACGGAAGCGGUUCCGGUUCAGACCCGCAACCCUACAAACCUGGGAAGCCCCUCGUGUCACCCUCUUAUCGCGGAACAGGGGAUUACAGCCCCCCAUCUAGCCUAGCGGUAGAGAACGCGGCCGGCGAGCACAGCUUUUCUCAUCAGAGGAUGCCUAUGAAGAUACCGGCAUCACACACCCAAGCGGAGGACCCCACCGGGGGCCACUGAUGACCCACACGGCUUUUAAGAAGAUUCCCUUGUGUUUGGAACCAGGGGUUUUAACCCCAAAACACUUGGUGAUGAACACUGCAAGUAUCAACAGAUACGUGUGAAUAUCACCUGCAACCACAAGAGGGCACAAGAUUAAGGUUUAUUAUACAGUACCUCAUCUUUUUCAUUCUCCAUGUUUUCCCAAAGAUACACAGGGGCAUUUUAUGAUGUAAUGUUAGGGUAAGGAAUUCUCUGCAUAGAUAAAGAAAGUUGAAAUGUAUGCUUCUCUCAGGAUCUAUUUAUUCCUUUCUGCUACUGUAGCAGCACCGUGGAAAUGUUGCUUUUUGGGGGGGUUGGCAUAAUUAUUAUAUGUGGCCAUGAGUUUUAAUAGGCCCAUGACUGCAAUGUUCUCUACCAGCCGACAAAGAUCAUUUCUGACCAAAAAGUAGGGAGAGCAAUAAUUCAAAAGGUGAGAUUGCCGUACUACUUCAGCACAAUCAUACAGUAGCUGAUUCAGAGGCUUGAGGAAAUGAAUGUUCUUAAAUUUGCCCCACCCGCUUUUGCUUCCUGCCUCUUGUUUUCAACCUGUUCAAUGCUACUGUUGUCCUGUUUAUACACAUCAUGCUGCUUAUGGGAAGCUGGCCUUUAAAUUGUUUUACGACAGGAUAUCAUUCCUGUACAUUUCAAAAUGUUUUGGGCAGUAUACUUAAUGUAUGCAACUUUGGGGCACGUUGUUUGCAUGCAGAUGUUCAAAGAGGCUUAUUCUGAAACUUCUACAAGAAUCCAGCCAACAUUUUGUCUUAACUAUGAGCAACAAUCAUGCAACAUACUGCUGAACUUAAUGUAAUUGAGUGGCUGUGGUCAUACGCACGUGGCAUGUAAACAUGCGCAAAAUGGGCCUGCUUGGAUUUACUUUACUGAUAUUCAUUGUCUUUAUUUUUGCCUCUUGAAAGGAAGAUUUAUCGUCAUGUUAUUGAAUACUCAGGAAGAAUAUUGUUACCUCAGAAUGAUGAUGAAUAAGAAUGUAUGUUAUUACCUUUGGAGUGCUUGUCGGGAGCCCUUUGGAGCAAAACUGGAGCUGUCGAAAAGCAAAGCAUACUCUGAACUCUUCAGGGAAUUUACAAGGCCUUUGACAAUAACAGUGAAAAUGCACAUACACAAACACGCACACACACAUGUGCACGCACGCAUGCAUGUACACGCGCGCACAUACACACACGCACACACACGUACACACUGCUUUGUUGCUCUGGGAAUAAAAGUGGCUAUUUGUACCAGGGCCUGAAAUGUUGAAUGUAAUUCAUUUUUUUUUUUUUUUUUUUUUUUAGAAACUACAAUACAUGCCAUAAUGUAGAUCGAUGACAUUUUUAGAUAUAUGAAACAUAUUUUCUUCAUGUAUAGAUUCCUAUUUAGAUUUUGGUGAAGAGAUGAAUGAUGUUAUGUGUUAGUUUAUGUAGUUUGCAGCAGGGCGAAAGGUUUUAUGGACAAACCACGCAUAAUGGGUAAGUAAAAAACAAAGACACUUCAAUAUAUGUUCUCCAUAGAUAUGUUUUUUUUUAUAUAUAUAUAUUGUCUUAAUGUCUAAGUGUUUGGCUUCUGUUUUUAUUUUUUAUUUUUACAGCAGCUGAUUGAUGAAUUGGCACCACAAGGGAGGAAGUUUAUUGUGACAAUAUUGCUUAGUGCCAUUUUAAAUCAAAUUGAAGAGCAUGACCCUCAUUGAUCGUAGGUUAAAAAGUAGUUUUAAAAGAGGGCACAAAACGUGGACAAGAUUCAGUGUGGGGAAAUUAUAUCCUAAAGCCUUUUUGCUGCAUGGAGCAAAUACUGGACAUACCAUUUAAAUUGUGACGCAUGGCCUCGUCACACAGUUUCAAAUUUAAACAAGAGAUUUAAAAGGUGAUACACAACUAAACCCCAGUGUUUUAAAAAGUAUUUAUGCGCUUAGCUACAAGAACUGAAUGCUCUUCAUUGUCACACAAGCAGUAUGCGACACAAACUGUUGUUGUCAUUCAGUGAGUUUUGUUCAACCCAAAAUGGAUUUCAGUGUUAUCUUUUUUGUUGUUGUAGCAUCUUGUGCAUUCUCUGUAACCAUUUCUACCUCGUUUUGAAGACAGUGUACAUGGAAAUAUUUAUUUCAUGUCCUUUCAUAUGCCAGAAUAGGAGCAAUGUUUCUCUACUUUGACUUGUCAUAGUCUACCUCACUAAAACUGUUGUGUCAUGAAAAUGAAGAUAUCGGAUACCUGCACCCCAAAAAUCAAAAUUUUGUCUUCUUCUUUUUUUGUCUAUCAAACCAAAAAUGUUUGACGCUUGAGUGUUGUCUUUCACUAAAAUGUACAAUGUUGACAACUACAUGUGGCACUGGUGUUUUGUCUUCUACAUCUAUUACAUAUUAUCAUGACAUGCCAGCACCGAUCUUAUUCUUGUAUCUUCUGUUUCUGUUUAUUCUUUCCAUCCAUUGUCAUAAAAGUUUAACG